GCUAAACCCUAAACCCAGCACCAGCGCCCCCAAUCCUCCAACUUCCACUCGAGUAGGGUUCUGCCGGCCGUUUCCUCGUCGUCGCAAUGGAGUUCUGGGGUGAAGAAGUGAAGCCAGGAGCCACGGUUUCUUGCAAAGUUGGUGAUGGUUUGGUUAUCCACCUUUCACAGGCUGCCCUAGGGGAACCAAAGAAAGCGAGUGAGAAUGCCAUUGUGUCUGUCAAAAUUGAUGAUAAGAAACUAGUGCUUGGAACCUUAUCAGUUGAGAAGCAUCCUCAAAUCUCUUGUGAUCUGGUAUUUGAUAAAGAUUUUGAGUUAUCACACAAUUCAAAGACAGCUAGUGUUUUCUUCUGUGGCUACAAGUCACCUGUUCCUCUGUUUGAGUCUGAUUCUGGUGAAGAUAGUUCAGAUGAAGAGGUUGAACCCGAUCUAAUUCCAAUGCAGAAUAAUGAAAUUAAAAUUUCUACUGCAAAGGUUCCCGUGAAGGUUGGUAUACAAAAUGCUGAUGAAGAUGAAACUUCUAGUGGUGAUGAUGAUGAUUUCACUGAUAGUGAUAGUGAAAUGUCUGAGGAAGAUGAGUCCAGUGAUGAAGAUGAAGUGUCAAGCGAUACAGAUACUAGUGAUGAUUCUGGUUCGGAAGAACAGACACCUACCCCAAAGAAGACUGAGGUAGUAGUUGGCAAGAAGAGGGCAAUUGAAGCUGAGACACCUUCUGGUAAGAAGGCUAAGUCUGAACAAUCUGCUCAGAAAACAGGCGACAAGGUCUCAACUUCUCAUCCUGCAAAGCAGUCCAGCAAGACUCCUGCAGACAAAUCUACAAAGACCCCCACAGCUGACAAGAAGUCCCCCAAAUCUGGGAGCCAUGCCUGCAAGUCAUGCAGCAAAUCUUUCGGCAGUGCGUCAGCACUUGAGUCUCAUCAGAAGGCAAAGAAGCAUGAAGCCUAGAGCACGUGCUAUACCAUCUACUCGUUAUCAAAAUCAGUGGUCUUAUUUUUGAACUUGAAAAUGUCCAAGUUUGGAACUUGCCCAGUAGUCAUCUGAUUAGUGGUGUUAUUUUUCUUUGAACUUGGGAAUUGUCUAGUUUGGGACAUACGCGGUAUGCCUGGUUAAGAACAUGGGAAAUGUCAGGUUAGAACAGGUCCUGCUGGCCCAGUUUUGGUCGUCGUCGAAUGUUGCUAAUGUUGGAACUGAUUAUUGUGACCCGUAAGGCCGUAAGGGAGAAUCUUUGUUAUCUGGUAGUGCCUAGUGCAAAUCACCUUUUUCUCAGUUGUUAAACAUCUUGCUUUUA